GCGGGCGCGGCCUCUACCUGCGGCGUGGGGAGCGGAGGAGGAGGCGGCGUUGUGGCCGCCGCCAUUGCCGCCGUCCCAGCGGGGAGGAUGUUUUCCUUCUCCACCGUGCAGCCUCAGGCCACUGUUCCUCUGAGUCACCUUAUCAAUGCCUUUCAUUCACCAAAAAGCGCCACUACCACUGCCAGCUCAGCUUCUGUGCAGCCUGUCCAGAGGGACACUGCCCCAGAACAUGACCAUCAGCACAGUGAGCCAAUACUGAAUUUAAGAGAUCUGGGAUUGUCUGAUUUGAAAGCUAACCAGCUCAAAGAACUAGCGAACAGGUUGCUUCCUGGCUAUUAUGCCGAAAAGAAAGUCUCUUCCCAGUGGCAUACAUCCUACGUCUCUGCAGAGUCCUUCUUUGAAAAUAAGCAUGGUUUUGUGGAUGUUUUUAGUGCUUUACGCUCAUCUUUCUUGUACAGACAGCAUCCUAAUCCCCUCCAAAGUUUGUGUUCAGAUCUGCGGUGUUGGCCAGUUUAUAUACAGUCCCGAGGCUUUAAGACUUUGAGAUCAAGAGCAAGACGCCUGCAAUCAACAUCUGAACAGUUCACAGAAACAAAGAAUUCACUUUCUUCACUUCUGAAGGGUUUCAUCCUGAGAAAACGAAGAGUUGAUGUUGAAAACUUAGAUAUGUUAAUGAAAACAAAAAAUAUCCCAGAGGCACAUCAGGAUGCUUUUAAAACUGGUUUUGCAGAAGGCUUUUUGAAAGCACAGGUAUUCCUGCAAAAAACACUUGAUUCCUUAAGGCGAUCACGUUUGCUUUCUUUCUUUCUCUUUGUUCUUUGUUUUUAUCUUGCCGUAUAUUCCUCAUUUUUACCUGGAAAAGGCUCCUUUUCUGAUGCUGUACGUUUUCGAACAUCAAGCAUCUUUGAUGCAGCAGUUGAUCCAAUUCAGUUGAAAAAUGUCACCUUUGAACAUGUAAAGGGGGUUGAAGAAGCUAAACAGGAAUUGCAAGAGGUUGUAGAAUUCUUGAAAAACCCACAUAAGUUUACUGUACUAGGAGGCAAACUUCCAAAAGGUAUUCUGUUAGUUGGACCACCUGGUACUGGUAAAACGCUUCUUGCACGAGCUGUGGCUGGUGAAGCUGAUGUUCCAUUCUAUUAUGCAUCUGGGUCAGAGUUUGAUGAAAUGUUUGUUGGCGUAGGAGCUAGUCGCAUCCGAAGCUUAUUCAGGGAAGCAAAAGCAAAUGCACCCUGUGUUAUAUUUAUUGAUGAGUUGGACUCUGUUGGUGGGAAGAGAAUUGAAUCUCCAAUGCAUCCCUACUCAAGACAGACCAUUAAUCAACUUCUUGCUGAAAUGGAUGGCUUUAAACCUAAUGAAGGUGUUGUUAUUAUUGGUGCAACAAACUUCCCUGAAGCACUAGAUAAUGCUUUAAUACGUCCUGGUCGCUUUGACAUGCAAGUUACUGUUCCCAAGCCAGAUGUAAGAGGCCGUACAGAAAUUCUGAAGUGGUACCUUAACAAAAUAAAGUAUGAUCCAUCUGUUGAUCCAGAAAUAAUUGCACGAGGCACAGUCGGAUUUUCUGGGGCAGAACUUGAGAAUCUUGUAAAUCAAGCUGCCUUAAAGGCAGCUGUGGAUGGAAAAGACAUGGUAACCAUGAAAGAACUAGAAUUCUCUAAGGACAAAAUUCUAAUGGGACCUGAACGUAGAAGUGUAGAAAUUGAUGAGAAAAACAAAACAAUCACAGCUUACCAUGAAUCUGGACAUGCUAUCAUUGCAUAUUAUACUAAGGAUGCAAUGCCAAUCAACAAGGCUACAAUCAUGACACGAGGAACAACACUUGGACAUGUAUCUUUGCUCCCAGAAAAUGACAGAUGGAGUGAAACUAGAUCCCAGUUGCUUGCACAGAUGGAUGUCUGCAUGGGAGGAAGAGUAGCAGAAGAGCUCAUAUUUGGGAGUGAUCACAUCACAACAGGUGCUUCCAGUGAUUUUGACAAUGCUACUAGAAUUGCGAAGCUGAUGGUGACUAGGUUUGGAAUGAGCGAGAAGCUUGGUGUUAUGACCUAUACUGAUACGGGGAAAGUUAGCCCGGAAACUCAGUCUGCAAUUGAACAGGAAGUGAGAACACUUUUAAGGGACUCAUAUGAGCGAGCAAAGAACAUCUUGAAGACUCAUGCAAAAGAACACAAGAAUUUAGCAGAAGCUUUACUGAAAUACGAGACUUUGGAUGCCAAAGAAAUCCAGAUUGUUCUAGAGGGGAAAAAACUAGAAGUAAGAUGAUAACAUCCUUGGUACAGUAACUGAUAAUUCGAAGAAUGUACAUCUAGCAAUGCAGUAGUCUUAUGCAGCAUAGCUUUUUUUUCCCCCCUACCUGAUGUGUGUAUGACACUUCAAGAUUACUCUGCAGUCUCUUGUCAGCUUCUGUUACUCAUCUAUUUGUUGUGUCUGUUCAGAAUAAGACACAAAAUAAAGCAAGUUCCUCAUUCUCCAUCUGCUAUUCCAGGAAAAAAUUUUUCAGAAAUAUAAAUCUCAGGGUUGAAUUCAAUGUUUUGGUCUAGUCAAAGGUGUUGAAGUUGAGGAGAAAGAAUUGUGCAGGUAUACUGGUAUGUUUUGGCGUAGCUUCCUGGGGUUGCACUGCUAUAUGCGCAUUUGAAGCGGUACCCCCAUAAUACGUACUGCAGAAUGUUUUCUGGAGAGUGACACCUUAAGUGCUAAAGGAUUGACAUGUAAAACUGUAGUAUGUAGUCUGACUAAUAAUGUUCAAAUGCUAUUUUGAAGAUAAAGAUCAGUUAAAAAGAAAAAAGACUCUUCUUAGAAAUGUAACAAAACUUCUGUAUGAAUGAAGCAGUGCAUCUCUAGUAAUGGGAAUUGUGAGAGCUCCAAGUUAGUUUAAAAAAAAAAAAAGUGAUUAUUCUUUGAGUGCUUUGGGGGUUAAAAUACGCACGUGUGGCUGGGAAAGAAAUUUUAAUGCGAGAACAACAGCAAGAUAAACAUGUCUAAACCUCUUUGGGCCAUGUUUUGGACAGAACUAUGGCAGGAAUAAGAGAAAUAACUGACCUCUGAUGUGCUGCUGACAAAAUUCUCAGAAUUUUUAUUACUGCAGUAGAUGGAUGUGAUUUGAAAAUAGUGCUUUUAUAAUCCUGGAGAUUCUACUGAAUUAGUUUUUGCUAAUACUAUAUAUGAGUGUUUGAUUAUCCAACAGAGGAUUUCUUCAAAGAGGACAAUAUUGCUCACUAAAGAAUAGUUCAGAAAAUGCUUCAAGCAUGCAUUGUUUCAAAUAACAUUCCCAGUUCUCUUGUUCAGUAAAAGUAGGGAACUAACCCUUUUCUUUCAACCCUUACAGAUGUUUUCUGGAAAUUCUAGGCUUAUAAGAAAAUGUUUCAAAAACAAAAGCAGUUUCCAAUCAAGUAGAAGUGUUUGCUAUCAAUUAUACAUGCCAGUAUACUUAUCUCAUGGAACUGUUUUUAGGAAUAGCAUUGCUUGAUUAUAAUCUUUCUGUGCAAUGAGUUGUAGACCCCUGGGACUAUAAACUUCUGUUGCAGAGAGAAUGCCUUUAUUGAAAGUAAACAUUGUUGGAGGUUAAAGUAGUUGGGCUGGUGCCAAUAAAUGUGAAUGGAUAUUGGUAGCUACACUUAAAACUAAAAUUAACAAAACUUUUAGAAUUUUCCGAGUGUAACACUUGAUUAUAACCUAGUUCUUUUUAGUAAGAGCACGUGUUUUUCUUUCAAAACCAGGAUAACUUUCUAUUCGCUUAUUUUACAUUGUUGGCUUAGUAUAGUGGCAUCCCAGUAAAGUGGGGGAGAACUUCCAAAUGUUAUAAAACAGUAUACCAAACUUCUAGGCUGACUAGUUACAGUUGUACAUGUAUUUUAAUGCAUAUUUGCAUUACAUAUAUUGCAUAUUUGGCAUCUGUUUUUGGAAUAAUAAAGUUGAUUUUAAUUACGCA